UUCUCAUUCUGUCUUGACAUUCAAGCAACGAAAAGCUUUUCCUCUCCAUCUGCGCCUACUUCUACUGCAAGAGGAAGCAGCAGCGCGAGAGCUAAGACGACAACAGAGACCGGAAAAUGAGCAGCAUAGGCACCGGGUACGACCUCUCGGUCACCACCUUCUCGCCGGACGGCCGCGUCUUCCAGAUCGAAUACGCCGCCAAGGCCGUCGAUAACAGCGGCACUGUAGUAGGCAUCAAGUGCAAGGAUGGGAUUGUCUUGGGUGUGGAGAAGCUCAUUACCUCGAAGAUGAUGCUCCCUGGCUCCAAUCGGAGAAUCCACUCCGUUCACCGCCAUUCCGGCAUGGCUGUUGCUGGGCUAGCUGCAGAUGGAAGACAAAUUGUUGCACGAGCAAAAUCUGAGGCAACUAAUUACGACAGUGUCUAUGGUGAGCCCAUUCCUGUGAAGGAACUUGCAGAACGUGUUGCAAGUUAUGUGCACCUAUGCACUCUUUACUGGUGGCUGAGACCUUUUGGCUGUGGAGUAAUUCUUGGAGGCUAUGACAGGGAUGGACCCCAACUAUACAUGGUUGAACCCUCUGGCAUCUCCUAUAGAUAUUUUGGUGCUGCAAUUGGUAAAGGGAAGCAAGCUGCGAAGACAGAGAUCGAGAAGCUAAAGCUGUCUGAGAUGACAUGUAGGGAUGGAGUCAUUGAAGUAGCCAAGAUCAUUUAUAAAGUACAUGACGAGGCUAAGGACAAAGCCUUUGAAUUGGAAAUGAGCUGGGUGUGUGAUGAGUCGAAGCGACAGCAUGAGAAGGUCCCUGAAGAGCUUUUGGAGGAGGCAAAGAAUGCAGCUAGGUUGGCUCUGGAAGAGAUGGAUGCGGAUUGAUUGGUGGUUGAGUAGGGCCUGCGAUUACCUCUUUGGAUGGGCUAUAGACUGUCUCUGUUUGUCUUCACAGUUCCUGGGGAUUCCUCAACUGCUUCUCGAGUUAGUAUAGGGACGAACUUUAGGUCGGAUUAUAUUUUCUCGAGGGCUGUUAAGAUGUAAUUGUCUCCUCCAUUUCCCUGCGAUUUGAAUGGACUAGUUUCCUCAUGCUUAUGGUAUGCUGAACGAAUUUCUCGACCCAUUAUGGUGUGAAUUCUUCAAUAGAAACCUUGCUCUUGAAUAGAGUUCCAAACUCUA